AUGCCACCUCACGAGGAGGUGGUCGCCCACAUUUCAGCUGCAGUAAAAGCUUUCUUUAGCUCCCGGCAAUCGUUUCGUAUCUUUCAUGGCUCAACGAACAGCACUCGCCCAGCCCACGACGGCCGCACUGUCGAUAUCAGCGCCCUGUCCAAUGUUCUGAAGGUUGAUGUACCCUCUAGCACUGCAAUUGUUGAGCCAAAUGUGCCCAUGGACAAGCUCGUCCAGGCCACUCUUGCUCAUGGCAUGAUUCCACCGGUUGUGAUGGAGUUUCCUGGCAUCACGGUGGGCGGAGGCUACGCUGGGUCUGCAGGCGAGAGCAGCUCUUUCGAGUACGGUUACUUCGAUCAGACUAUCAGGUCGGUCGAAAUAGUGCUUGCAACUGGACAAGUUGUCACGGCCUCUGGCUCUGAGAAUGCCGACCUAUUCAAGGGAGCGGCUGGGGCGCUUGGAAGUCUGGGUAUUACAACAAAGCUUGAACUAAGGCUCAUACUCAGGUUAAAUUGA